AUGGGUUGGAACGAUUUUUUGCAGGCGUGGGAACGCGUGACCUGUGAAGAGUGCUUUGUGGAGCGUGUGACUGCUGCUUUUUCCAGGGCGAAAGCUGUCCUCUUGGUGGUCAUCCGUGCGCUGGUGCAGCUUCUCAUCGGUACUCAGCAACAGUCUGGGGCCAUACGGCUGGUCCGAACUCGAGAAAGAGAGCUCGAGGGCACGGAGGCAUUGCCAUAUCAUCCUUACGCUACGUUCGUCGAGGAUACCCUGGAAGAGGUCAGAGGAGUGCUUCAGGCACCUUCGCCGGAGCCUGAGAUACCGGCUCCGAGGCAAGUACCUUGCCCGGAACACCAGGACUGGGAGUUGGACGAAAGAGAGUAUCCAACCAUAGCGGCGCUCUCAUCUUCUUCUUCUGCCGCGCCGCGUGUUGCACCUUUGGAAGUGGUCGAAGUGCGUGAGGACAUCCCUGUCCUGAUUUCAUUGGAUUUCAGCGGGGUGCUCAACAUCCACUUUCAGGACAGCCGAGAUUUUUUGGACCGUUUGAACGCAGAGCGUCCGAGCCACGUGAAGCUGAAGUUUAUUUGCACGAGUUACUCUGGGACAGAACGGGCCAAAGAAACGCGUCAGUCGAUGGCUUCGGAGCUUCCGGGCGUGCCAGUCUACAUCACUAGCUCUCCAACGGGCCGUCCUGGAAAAGGAGCCUUCAUUAAGCGUUUGAUGGACCGGCGGUCGGAUCACUUUGCGUGUCAUUUGGAUGACAGAUCAGACAUCGUGCGGGACGUCGAGGCGUAUGGUGUUCACGGUAUUUUGGUAUCGCCGAAUACGUGGCUGACUGAUCUCGCCGUUGCUGCUGCACAGCUGGCACAAGCGCAAGCACAAAACAUUCAACAGGACGCUCAGGUGUUUGCCCAGAACGUUCAGCAUGAAGCUCAGGCAUACGUGCAGGUUGCAAAGAGUGAGGCUCAGGCAUAUGUUCAGAGCGCUGUCACUUCUGCUCAACAUGAAGCCAUGCAGCACGCGCAAGAGUAUGCAGAGCGCGUUAGGGCUGAAGCUGAGAGACAGGUCCAGAGUGUUUCAGAACAAGCCGGUCAGCAUCUUGCACAAGCAAACGAAACCAUUGCCUCACUUCAGGCUAGGAAUCGUGAGCUUGAGGAGCAGCAGGAAGAAAUGAUGCAGCGGAUUGCGAUGAUCCAAGCUGAGAUGCAAAGCAUCAAAGCUCAACAACAGUCCCAAGCCGACACAUCCCACCUUCACGCAGAGCGAGUGUCGCAGGCCUCAAGGGCUCAGGACCAAAAUGGCACGGAGAUCAGUGAAGCCCUCAAGGCCUUGGCUGCAAGUGUUGGUGAGACAAUGAAGGAGUUGCCAGUUUUCACCGGUGUUGGUUUGCCGGCUCCGUCUAGAUCCAAGAAGGGUUCUUCGAGUGACAAUCCCUUCAACGUCUUCUCCACUCCCAAACCUCCUUCAGUCGUGCAUCCCCCAGACCCUCCGAUGCACUACGACAUCGGGUCCGAACACGAGGAAGGUGAGGAGGAAGAGGAGAGGGAAGAUGACCCCAUCAUUGAUGUCACCGAUGCACCGGGGGAAGAAGAAGUAGACUAUGAGCAGGAUACUUACCACAACAAAGAUCUUCGAGACCUGAAAAUCCCUGCACUUCCUUCGACAGCCGCGGGAUAUCGAGCAUGGAGGAACGGCGUUUUGACAUCGUUCAGCAGCAUAGACAAGAGUGGGAACGCCAGGAUACUGAGAUGGCUCCAGGUCGCCCUUGAUCCAGCCAUAGGAGACCGACAGAUGCGCAAUCUGCAGGUCACGUCUGACGGCCUUCCCCGCCUUGAUGCAUUCCUGGCUGCACAGCUUACAGAUCCAAAACACCUCAAGGGAGACUACGGAGUCGCUGCCCAGGCGUUCACCGAGCGAGCACAUGCGUUAGGCGUGCAGCCUUCCGGGCGUGCGCUGUUGGCAAUGCUCAGCCGAAGGUUUCGGGUAGACCGGAUCAGGGGGGCGACAGUCUCCCAGCAGACACUCUUAGCCAUCCAGCUCGAAGGCUUCAGCCAACAACAACUGCAAGCCUUUAGAGAAAAGGUUGAGUUUUGUUUGAACGGUUUCAGUCCCGAAGCAUGGCCCGCUGAGUCUACCUUGUUUAGCUGGUUAUACUCCAAGCUCAAGCACUGCAGGCUUCUUUCCAGAGCAGUCGACAAGAUCAAAGACUCCAAUCCAGGUAGCAACAAGCGAACCUUUGCGUGGUUGUGGUCGCAGCUUGUCGAAUUGCUAGAUGAGCUGAGAGAAGAAGCAAACGAAGAGUCAAUUCGUGACACUCUCAUCAAGCCCAAAGCCAAAGCUGCUCCCGCCCCAAAGAAAGAGGAGCGUUCCCGCGAUAAGCCGGACAAGCCCACUCCUGCCAAUCCAGCCCCUCCGGCCAAGACCAAAGGUUCUGGGAAGGAUGGGAAAGACAAGGAUGGCAAGGGAAAGGGGGGUAAAGGGAGUGGUAAGGGUGCAGAUUCACAGAAAACACCAAACAAGCCAAAGGCGAAAUCAGGCGGUAAAGGCCAGGGCUCCAAAGCUGAAGGCAAAGCCCCAAGCAAAGGAAAUGCCCCCAAAGCUACCGUACCAUGCCUGUUCUUCCCAAAGGGAACGUGUAACCGGGGUGAGAAUUGUCCGUUUUCGCAUGAGACCUCUCCCGGUAACAAGGCCCCAGGGUCAAAGACUACUGGAGCUAGCGCUACGGCAAAGAGCUCUGCCGCAGCUGUCGCCCUGCUGCUUCCCACUACGGCGCGGGGUGCCUCGGUCGAUGGUUCCUCCACACCGAGCAAGACAACCUUUUGGAAGCGUUCAGGAUUGAGUAGGUUCUUCCAGUUCGUUUCGGGGUGGUUUACUGUGUUCAGCAACAUCUGCGCUCCUGCCUGUCCCGCCACUGUCACUCCGUUGCUUGUAGCAUCUCAGCAUCAGCACCCGCAACAGGGAUGGUUCUACCACGAGUGGAUCGCUGAUAGUGGUGCAGGAAAGCUUCCGAUGUUCCUGUCGAGUGUCGAACACGUUCAGGUCAUUGAAGAAUCCGCCAUAUGUUCUGGGUCGGACUCAGGAGAGGACGUAACAUCAGAACGUCAGAAGCAACUCAUCAAGGAGGAAUCGACUCGCGCGGUGCAUUUGGCUGCUGGGUUCCAUGUGGUUCCAGAUCUGUGGCAUGUGUCCGUGCAGUUUGCCGCGCAGACUUUGACAGUUGUACCGUGGCAGGGCAAAGACAAGUCGCGUUUCGAGGUUGCAACUGGUUCCCCAUUCGAAGGCCCAAGGCUUCCCUUGGGACAGUUGGUGCAUUACAGGAUCCAUGACCCCAGCCGCAGGCAUAAGUUCGAAGCUACAACUGCUCCCGGACUAUUUGCAGGUUGGAGGUUUGAGCACGGAUUUGUGUAUCGUGACGUGAUCUGGGUGCUAGACUAUGAAGCCGUCAAGUCCAAGUCGAUUGGGUAUAGGGACAUGAUCCCCGUGCCAUAUGCGGAAGUGCAUGUCCCAGAGACUGAGACCUUCCCGCUAAAGGCCGCGGCGGAUCUUGCUCUUCGCGAGUUCCAGGAUCCCAAACUUGAGGCUAUCACAGCGCUGGACAUACCAUUCAGCUCACUGUCCCCUGCUGAUCCUCCUCGAUCCUCCUCGAAGGUCGAGCUCGGUGUGACGCAAGUCUUUGUCGAUGCCAACAGGGAAAGAGUCCGCCAAAGAAAGGUGCAAACGCUCAUAGGCAAGGAUGUGUUGUUCGAAUAUGCGUGUGGCGAGAGCUCAGAGCUUUCGCAAGCUGCGUCCGAAAUUGGCAUCAACAGUAUCCGCUUAUGCCGAAGCAUGAUUGAUUUGUCCAACGAAGAACAUGUCAAACAAGUUCAAGGUCAGGUCGAAGCAUCGCCAGGUUGUGAUGUGUGGCUCUCAUUGCCGUGCACCGAGUUCAGUCCGUGGCAGAACAUGAACGUCCAUAGGCAUGGGGCGAAGUACGAAAAGGGUCUUCGGAAUCGCCAAGAGAAGAGCAAGCUUAUGUUCUUGUAUGCCCGCAAGGUACUCGCAACUGCCAUCGCAAAUCAUGGAAGGAUCGCAGUCGAGUGGCCCAAAGGGUCCGGCUGGUGGGAUCUCCCUGAAUGGAAAGAAUUUCAGGAUGAACAUGGUCUACACAGGGUGUCUUUUGAUGGCUGCAUGGCUGGAGUGAAGGGCCGAGAGCAUCCAAUCCGCAAGCCCUGGAGCGUAGCCACUAAUGAUCUACGACUUGUUCAAUUUCUUGGACAACUGCAGUGUGACGGUAGCCACCAGCACGAGGCCGCCGAAGGCUCACAAACAAAGCAGACUGAAGCAUACCCACGAGAGCUCGCUCACAACAUCGUCGAAGCGUGGUAUCCGCAACGCUACCAUCGCCACAUCCCCUCCAUGGUCACGAAGAACUUAACAAAGCGGGAAUGGAAAGCAGACCCGCGCGGAGUUGCAGCCGUGAAGAAGGAGGCAGAAGGACGUGGCUACCACACCAACUUCCUUGGUUGCCCUUAA